UCUUGUUUGGCAUAACGUGGAACCAUUUAAUCAUAAGAGGAAAUAAUGAUAAAGAAGCCGAGAUAGCCGUUGCCGUUACAACAGAAAAUGUGAGGCCAAAGGUAAAAUAGAAUUAGAAUAAGCAAUGUGACCGUUACAUACCCCUCAAAUUCAAUUCAAAAUCCACGGAGAAACUUCAGCAAUCAAAAAAGAAGAGCAGAGCAGUGCUAGUCCCCAAUUACCCAAAAAAUGAGAGAAGGACUGCAACAGCUUGAAAUGGCCGAAGAGCAAAUGCAACAGCUCAGAUCCAAAGCCACGGAGCUACUCCUCAGAGAAGAAUGGGAGGAGGCCGUGCUUGCCUACUGUGAGUUCAUCAACCUCUGCCAAGAUCAAAUCUCAAAGACCCAACAGCACCCAGACCCAGAUCACCUCCCCAAGCUCCACAGAUCCCUCUGCUUAGCGCUCUCUAAUCGAGCCGAAGCGCGUUCCAGGCUGCGGGAAUUCGCCCAAGCAUUGAAAGAUUGUGAUCAUGCACUGAAAAUUGGGAGUACCCAUUUCAAGACCCUGCUCUGCAAAGGUAAGAUUCUGCUAAAUCUGAAUAGGUACUCUAUGGCUUUGGACUGCUUCAAGGCUGCUCUGCUCGAUCCUCAGGCUAGUGGGAACGCUGAAAGCCUUAAUGGGUAUUUGGAGAAAUGCAAAAAGCUCGAGUUUCUUUCGAGGACUGGAGCUUUUGAUCUCUCGGAUUGGGUUGUAAAUGGGUACCGAGGAAAGCCCCCGGAACUCGCAGAGUACAUUGGUGCGGUGCAGAUCAGGAAGUCUGGGAUCAGUGGGCGUGGCCUAUUUGCAACAAAGAACAUUGAUGCCGGGACUCUGGUGUUGGUCACCAAAGCGAUUGCCACGGAAAGGGGUAUAUUGCCUAGCGAAGAUUCGGGCGAGAAUGCCCAAUUGGUCAUGUGGAAGAAUUUUAUUGAUAGAGUUUCCGGUUUCGUCACAAAAUGUCCUAGAACCUGUAAUUUGAUGAAUACAUUGUCGACUGGAGAAGAUGAGGAAGGGCUAGAGGUUCCCGAUAUAAGCCUCUUUAGGCCUGAGGCAGAGGAGAACAGCCACUCGAAUGAGAAGCCUGAUAUGGGUAGGAUUUUGAGCGUCUUGGAUGUGAAUUCUCUGGUUGAGGAUGCGGUUUCAGCCAAAGUUCUGGGGAAGAAUAGUGGUUAUUAUGGUGUUGGAUUAUGGCUACUGGCUUCAUUCAUUAACCAUUCAUGUAGUCCUAAUGCAAGGCGUUUGCAUGUAGGGGAUUAUGUGAUGGUUCAUACUUCAAGGGAUGUUAAGGCAGGCGAAGAGAUUACUUUUACCUAUUAUGAUGCUCUUUCUCCAUACAACAAGCGCAAGGAAAUGUCAAAGACAUGGGGCUUCCAUUGUAAUUGUAAGAGGUGCAAGUUUGAGGAGGAAAUGUGUGCAAAGCAAGAGAUGAGAGAGAUUGAGAUAGGUCUUGAAAGAGGAAUGGAUAUGGGCGGUGCAGUCUACAAGUUAGAGGAAGGUAUGAGGAGAUGGGUGGUGAGGGGGAAGGAGAAGGGCUUCUUGAGGGCAUCGUUUUGGUCUGCAUAUUCUGAGGCUUAUGGUUGUGAUAAGUCAAUGAAGCGGUGGGGACGGCGGAUUCCCGCCGUCAAUGCAGUGGUGGAUAGCGUACUGGAAGUUGCGGGAAGUGAUGAUAGGUUGCUCAAGGUCUUGGUUGACGGAUUGAAGAAAAGCAAUGGGGUAGCGGACAUGGAGAAGGCUUUGAAGUUGGGAAGAGGAGUGUACGGAAAGGCAGCUAAAAAGCAAGCACUAAGGACAUUACUCGAGCUUGGCUCUCACUAACACAUCUAUUAUCUUUUUGAUUGUUAUUAACAGAAUUGUUAGCCUAUUGGCUAAUAGAUCCGAUCAUUUUUCUUUCUCUUUUCUGCCUCUUUGAUCUGUUUAAUUACUUCUAGAAAGAAUGCCUCAAGUUGUCUUGACCAAUAACCAUUUCAUAUGUUCAUGUUUCUAAUUUGAAGUUCAUUUAGAGACUUGC